UCUCUUCACUUCAGCGGGCUUGAAGCCAGCGAUUGGUGGGAGGGGACCUACAUCCCGAGCUGCGAUAGGCCGACAGCAUUCAGGGAGGUGUUAGACGAGUGCUCGCUGACAUAUUAUUAGCAGUGCGGGAGAGGAAAGUGCGUUUUCAGAGUUAAAAUAAAUAAAAAUGUCCAUGACUUCUAACUUCGCCGACUGUCUCCGGGACUGGGAAGAUCUGGAGAAAGACUAUCAGCACAUCCAGGAGACUCAGCGUCUGUACAGAGAGAAGCUGGAUGAGGUGGCCCGGCUUCAGACCAGCUGCUCCGGGGCCAUCUCGAGACAGAAGAAGCAGCUCCGCCAGCUCUCACAAGCGCUCCGCACAUACAAGGAUUCGGCCAGUGGAGCAGAGGUCUGCGCCAUCGACGAGAUACAAGCCCAAAUAAAUAACCGACCGAACACCUUCUUCGAAAUGGAGGCCUUCCUACCGAAGAAAAAUGGGUUGUACCUCCGUCUGGUUUUGGGGAAUGUGAAUGUGACUCUACUCAGCAAACAGGCUAAGUUUGCCUACAAGGAUGAGUACGAGAAGUUUAAACUCUGCCUCACCAUCAUCAUCCUGGUGUUCUCCUUCUCACUGCGUUUCCUCAUGAGCACCAGAGCGCUCGAUGCUGCCUUCAGCUUCCUGCUGGUGUGGUAUUACUGCACCCUCACUGUGAGAGAGAGCAUCCUCAUCAGCAAUGGGUCCAGGAUCAAGGGCUGGUGGGUGGUCCAUCAUUAUGUUUCUGCUUUCCUGUCGGGAGUCAUGCUGACCUGGCCCAACGGGACAUUUUACCAGCAGUUCAGGAAUCCCUACCUUGCCUAUUGCUUAUACCAAAGUUUUGUGCAGUUCCUGCAGUACUACUAUCAGAGUGGCUGUCUGUACAGACUGAGAGCUCUGGGGCAGAGGCACAACAUGGACCUGACUGUGGAGGGGUUCCAGUCGUGGAUGUGGAGAGGCCUCACCUUCCUGCUGCCGUUCCUCUUCUUUGGCCACUUUUGGCAGCUCUAUAAUGGACUACUUCUGUUUCAACUGACUCGGCACCCAGACUGUAAGGAAUGGCAGGUCCUCAUGUGCGGCCUCUCCUUUAUGGUCCUCUUCCUGGGGAACUUCUGCACCACGCUGGCGGUCGUCAAACAGAAGUUCCAGAGCAAGAAGAAAUGAGAGAGGGGCAGCAAAGACCAUUCAGACUUUAUUGACUGAUUCAGCAGAGGCUAUGUCUACUUCUCAGACUACAUGACUGAUUAUAUGUAACAGAUUGAAUGCAAUGCACACUGCUCUGUGCACCUUUGAUAUGUAUAUGGUUUGGAUAUGUUGACUAAUGACUCUUGUUUUAGAUAAUUAAUGUGAUCUCACUACUUUCUCAAUUGCACUGUUUGGAAAUCAGCAUUGAACAUCAUUCAAAUUCUUAAAAACAAAAAACCCCAUGGACAUCACCUCAUCCAGUUUAAUGUCCUGAGUGAAACUAAUGGUUUCAGCCCUGCAAGUGCUGUCCUGAGUUACUAAAUUAUUAUUACCACUGCCUCCCCGAAUUAAAAGAGCAGUACCAAGUCACGACUACCUGAAGUGAAUCUCUUAUGUAAAGAGGUCUAAGAGCAACAACUCCAGUUAAGCAGUCACAGGCUAUGGUAUAUUGUAGGGGAGUUGAUUCUGUGAUGUUGCUCAUGUUCUGAUAACAUUAUUUUAAAUCCUGUCACAGGUCUGUUCAUAUCAGAAAUCCAAUAAUUCAGCACUCCACGUUCACUUCCUGUUGUCUCAGAUUCCUUUGUUACAUGGUCAGGGACAAAGUAGUUAAUGUUUUAAAAAAAAAAAAAUCAUUGGCCACUUGUUUUUAAUAAUAUUUUCUUUUUGUACAAACACAAUAUUAAACUCAGUUUUAUUUAUGAAAUUAAUGUUUUUAUUGAAAAGAACAUUUAUAUUGCAUAUACAAUUAGAUCAAGCCAUGAUAGCGAACAAACAUAGCACACUGACUAGACAGCAUUUAAUAACCCUCUUUCCAAGAAGCAAACCAACAAGUUAUUUAAGGUUAAAAGAAAAGACGCUGGUACACCUAGUUUCUGUUGAGCUCAUGUGAAGUGUUGAGGCAAACCAAGAGAAAAGAAACCCUGUAGGAUAUUCCUUUAUUAAUGUAUAAGAGUGGUGCAGUAUGGUAAGUUAUGUAAAAAAAAAAUUUUUUCCUCUACGAGAAUAUGGUGCAUAUGAGUGACAAAGCACCACUCUGGUCAAUUCCAGUUCAACUAAGACUAGAUUUGCUUAAUGCAUCCAAAAACCAGAACAAAGAAACACAGGCGCUUAUGUCCCCAAGUAUUGUUUUAUAAAAUGUCUACAGUACUGUAGUUGUUAGUAAAGUGAAAAAAAACUAGAGAAAGUGCAGGGUAAAUCAUCGCUAUUUCUUAAACCGUACCACAGUUACAUUUUCAGAAGUGCAAAACACACAAGACACUACAGUAGUUUAACUCUAGAAUCACGGCUCUCCCUCUUGCUGUGUACUUCGUACAUGUGUGCCUGCAGUUAUACCUGAAGCACCCUCCGCAUUGACCCUCUGUGACCCGCAUAUUCUUCUGCACUAAGUUUACAUGUCGCUCUCUGCAAAGACUCAAAUUAUACUGUGUUUAAAAUAGGGCUAAUGACCCUUGUUAAAGUGGUCAAUUCAGUCUCCGAUCAUGUAGAAAGAUACUGGCACCCUGCUCAGUUGUCGAUAGCUGUGAUCAACCGUAUGAGCAUGUCUGUUUUUAGGUAUGCCCCUCAACACCAUCAAAAAUGAACUGCAUAAGUGUAUGAUCCAAGGUGUGGCUAAAGUAUCUUUAUUAGGUUAUAUUAACUGUGUAACAUCAACAGGUUUUGGUUUUUUUUAAACAUAAAAAGGAAUGUUGCACUCAGACAAGAAACAGUACAUCCAACUUGCUGCAAACUCCAAGCAUUCUGUAUCCUCAGAACAAACACUUGGUAACUCAAUACGCUCCCACAGUGCAUGGCAUCACAGUAAAACAGGCCAAUUGAAAAAAAAAAAAAA